ACGAGGGCGGAGAGGCGGAAGCGCUCGGCAAUCCGAGGCGGCGGAGGGCUCCCGUUUCUCCCGUUUCCCUCCCGCCCGAGCUCGGACCCCGCAGGCCCGGGACCCUCCGCGGGGCGGCCCCUAUGAGUGUGUCUCUGGUGGUCCUUCGCUUGGAGCUGGCCGAGUCUUCGCCCGUGCCGGGCGGCUUCUCUUACAGCGCUGCCGCUACCGAGAUGUCUGAUGAGGUGAUGCAGGAGACGUCGCUGGCCGCCGCUGCGGUGACCUUGGAGGGCAAGGCACCCGUGGAGAAGGCGACCAUAAUCCACCAACACAUUGGCCGGCGGGAGAUGACGGAUGUGAUCAUCGAGACGAUAAAGCCAGAUCCAGAUGAGGUGAAAGAGAUGAUGGACAAAGUUGGCGCAGCUGAGGCUUCCUCCACUGAGGGUUACAAUAAUCAGGAUGGCCAAAGUGGAAGCAGUGGGACUACACCGGAUUCUCCAUCAAAGCAGCUCCCUGACCAGAUUUCCUUUUUCAGUGGGAAUCCAUCGGUUGAAAUAGCUCACGGCAUUAUGCACCUCUACAAGACAAACAAAAUGACCUCGUUAAAAGAAGAGGUGCGGCGUAGCGCCAUGCUGUGUAUUCUCACAGUCCCUGCCACAAUGACCAGCCACGACCUCAUGAAGUUUGUGGCGUCUUUUUAUGAUGUCAUUGAACACAUGAAAAUCAUCCGAGAUUCCACCCCAAACCAGUACAUGGUCCUCAUCAAAUUCCGGACCCAGGCAGAUGCAGACAGCUUCUACAUGACUUGCAACGGUCGGCAGUUUAACUCCAUAGAAGAGGACGUUUGUCAGCUCGUCUACGUGGAAAGGGCAGAGGUCUUCAAGUCAGAAGCCGGGGCCAGCCUGCCCGUCAUGGACCUGACCGAGCUCCCCAAAUGCACCGUCUGCUUGGAGAGGAUGGAUGAAUCGGUCAACGGGAUCCUGACCACGGUCUGCAACCACAGCUUCCACAGUCAGUGUCUGCAGCGGUGGGAGGACACCACGUGCCCCGUCUGCAGGUACUGCCAGACUCCGGAACCUGUAGAAGAAAACAAAUGUUUUGAAUGUGGAGUCCAAGAAAACCUGUGGAUAUGCCUCAUCUGCGGGCACAUUGGAUGCGGGCGUUACGUGAGCCGGCACGCAUACAAGCACUUUGAGGAGACACAACACACCUACGCCAUGCAGCUGACCAAUCACAGGGUCUGGGACUACGCCGGGGACAAUUAUGUCCACCGUCUGGUGGCCAGCAAAACAGAUGGCAAGCUGGUUCAGUACGAAUGUGAGGGGGAUGUGUGUCAAGAAGAGAAAAUUGAUGCCUUACAAUUAGAAUAUUCCUACUUGCUAACCAGCCAGUUGGAGUCCCAGCGCAUCUACUGGGAGAACAAGAUCGUCCGAAUAGAAAAGGAUACGGCCGAAGAAAUCAACAACAUGAAGGCCAAAUUUAAAGAGACUAUUGAGAAAUGCGACUCGCUGGAACACAGACUGAACGACUUACUGAAGGAGCGGCAGUCGAUCGAAAGGAAAUGCAGCCAGCUAAGCACCAAGGUGUCCAAGCUGACCAACGAGCUGAAGGAAGAGCAGGAGAUGAACAAAUGCCUGCGGGCCAACCAGCUCCUGCUCCAGAACAAGCUGAAGGACGAGGAGAAGCUCCUGAAGGAGACCUGCGAACAGAAGGACCUCCAGAUCACCGAGGUCCAGGAGCAGCUCCGCGACGUCAUGUUCUACCUGGAGGCCCAGCAGAAGAUCAACCACCUGCCCGCCGAGGCCCGACAGGAGAUCCAGGACGGGCAGAUCAACAUCCCCAUGGCCUCUUCGGCGGGUUCAUCCGCGGGAGGCAGCGGGAAGCCCUCCUCCCGCAAGGGGAGAAGCAAGAGGGGCAAGUGACAAGCGGGCGCAGAGGCAACGGAGGUGACCGCCAUCGGGUGCAGGAAGGGUGUCGGGAGGGCAAAACGAGCGUUGUCUGUUUUGGCAAAAAUAGGCUGGAAAAUCUAGCCAGGGACGAGUAUCUGGUUUCUGGAUCCUUUGCACUAAACCCUGGGCCACCGACGGCCCUGAAGACGCCUUUUCCUCUGCUAGCUAGCUUGCCUUAGGCUCUCUGUAGUGAAACCCAAAGCGGCUGCCGGGCCUUCCUCCCCUCCCCUCCCCUCUCUCUCUGCUGCUUCCCUGGGGACGCCACCCACCGUCUUUCAGCUCCAGAGGUUUCGACCGAGACCCACAUUGAAAAGAAGAGCAGGAACCAAAACGCUGACCGAGCUUUAGGUUUUAUUUCGGAAGGAGCAAGCAGGACUGCGGUCGCUUGACGUCCAACCUAGGCUGAAAGUUAUACCUGAAUGUAGGCUUCCCUCCCCAGGAUGAGUGGGAGGGGGGGCAGUUAGUGGCCUUUGGAGGAUGUGGGCUCAGCUCAGCCGGAAACCUGAAAAGGUGCUGGAGAAUAUCAGGGCUGAAGUCCUUUGAUUGGGGCGACUGCCAGGGAAAUGUGCCUCUCUUUCUUUUUGUCCUUAUGUGGUCCCUUUUCCUUCCUUCCUUCCUUCCUUCCUUCCUUCCUUCCUUCCUUCCUUCCCUGCCUCUCCUUCCUUCCCUUCUCUUUCCUUUCCUUGCCCCUUUCCUUCCUCUUUCCCUCUCCUUUCUUUGCAGCUAAUUCUCUUCUCCCGCCACGGUUGAUCCCUGGGCCAUACAUUUUGUGGGGUCUCGUCUCGUCCUGAUUGCCGCCUUUGCCAUUUAGGGAGAUUUGUAGCGAAGUGUGUUUGUGCACGUUUGCCUUGGCUCCCAUUGUGUAGCUUCCGCUCUGUCCGGGUGCGUGUCCAUUGCAGAAUUCCAGGCGUGGCAUUCUGCUGCAGCGAGGCUGCUGGGAAGCUACCCAGGUGAGUAAACUUCUCCUCUCCCACCCCCGAGUCUCUGUUCCAAACCCCCUUUUCUGAAAAGGAGGAAAUAGGCGCUGGGGUGUCGAUUCUGCCCACUUUCCUGCAGGCAUUCCCCAAGGAAGGCUGCAGGGCCCUGAUAGCUAGCAAAGUCCUCGCACAGGCUGGGCGUUGGGUUGGUGGGUUGGUUGGUUUUUGGGCAAAACCUCCAGGUUCCCUGCUGCUGGCUUUGACUGGACCAGACUUUGGACAGUCUUCGUAGCAGCCUUAGACGUAGCAGCAGGCAUUAGAUACCGAACCAGCUAAAGAGCUGCUGAGUUUUAAAGCAAGCUUAGUUUGCACAGUAGCUCGCAUGGCACACUGGUCCUUCAGCGCCAAGAGCCCGCCGUCGCACUUUUGGUGGCUAUGGUGUUUUGCUCCCUUAGCGUGUAAGAGAAGUAGUAAGUUAUUGAUUAGUCUGGAGGCCCCCAAGUGACGUGGCGCCUCCACAAGGAAUCUUGCUGAGUUUCUACAGCGAGGGCCUCCCGGGCACCUGGGCUUGGCGGCUGCAGUCCCUGGCAGGGAUCAAGCCAGCUUCAGGAGGGUUCGGAGGUUUGCCUUGGUCUAUUAAAUGCCUUCAUCCCAGCAACUGCAUACAGGGAAAUGGUUUGCUUAGCAUCUAGGUCAAAGGCCUCGAUCCUGGCUUCUUGUUUUCCUUUUAUAAACCAGAGUCAAAAUCCAGGGCUUGUUCUUGACUCAGGAACCUUGGUUUGUUUGGCAGCAACAAGCCGGGCUCCUGAGUUUUGGCCAUAGAAAGCCAACCAAUGCUUGCAACCAGGGACCCUGAGUCUGGGCAAACAUACAGGGUCUUCACACCCCUAAUUCUGAGCUAAUGUGGCCUCAGCAGUUUUUCACCAAUAUCUGGGGGGGGGAGGAGGUUCUACAAUGAGGAGGAACUGUGUGUGUGUGUGUGUGUGUGACACUAGCAUGCAGUUCACCGAUCUUCCCACUCCCUGAUUUCUGAGCCUCUGAGGCCAUGUUUUUUCCUAAGAUACAAGCACGGGACAAAUGCAUUUUAGAAUUCAAACUGCACAGGAGGGCUGUCUCAGAGAAUAUAAGAGCCACGAUUUCCACCACACAGCACCUACUGAGUUUUUUUUUUUAAAGGAUCCCUCCUGGGGAUUUUUUUUUCUUCUUCUUUUGCACUGCUGUGUUCUUUUUUUGCUUCCUCAUCAAUUUCCCUUGAAACGAGGAGGAAGUGAGUGUGUGGCCACACCGUCAGGCGUGGGGAAACGGAUUCUGACAGAGAACAAGAAAGGAAGAGGCGACGAGUCCAGAAUGAACAGGAGCUGGUUGCAAAGAAAAGAGUAACUACAUCUUUAUUAGCAGAUUUGUCAUUAGUCGACCAUUGGAGGGUGUGUAUGUGUGUGUGUGUGUGUGAACCUCUAUUGCUGUUGCUUCGGCUGAGAGGCUCCUCUCCAAACUGAUCAAGACGCAGGCAGUUUUUAAGAGGCGUUUUCGGUUCUGUUUGUAACUGGGAAACCCCACUUAACGUACCGAGGCAGAGCAAUGAAAACAAAAAAUCCUCCAAUGGAUCUCAGCUGAGAAGAGCCGGUCUUAUUCAGGGGUAGCAUGUAGCUUGACUGGCGCUCAAAACACCCAUCAGUGUCUACUUUAAAAACAAAAAAUCUGGAUUGUAACAGCAGCAACGAGAGCAUAUUAAACCGGAUAAAAGUCCAA